AUGGAAGGAGACGCUCCUGUUCAUUCGCCUCCCCUUUCCGGCCCCUACCAUCGCAAGAUCGAGCUACAAUCCCCUCACGAUCUCACAUACUUACAAUCCAAUCUCGUCGCGUGCGCGCGAGAGAAACUCGAUCUUCAUUUCCCUCGCUCGGCGACACAGAGACGUAGCACAAAUCAAGCACAGCCGGCAACUGUGAUCCCGCUGGGCGGCGUGAAUCCUGCAGCGAACAUUGAGGACGCGGCGCGAAAACAGGAGGGUGUGCAGCAGCACCUCGAAGAGGAAGCAGAGGAAGAGGAAGAUCCGCUCCUCACACGGGUUCGACAACUCGUGGACACGUUCAUAACCAGGACAUGGGCAGGCGCUGCUCAAAACAUCACCGUCAAUGGGUUAGAAGUUACGCAUGUCCCGGAACUGACGACCGCGCCGGAAACGGCGAAAUCCAAGGAGCCCCAGCAAGAGCGUGAAGGGAUCGAUUUCGCAUAUGAGGCAUAUGACAGUCGCCUCCAGGCAAAGGUCACCGGUCUUUACGGAGAAUUAGAAGCAUUGACGGCGCAAGUCAGUCGGCUGAGGCGGACGGCACCGAGACAAGGCGCGGACGAGUUUCAGCGGAAGUUGAUGGCGGAAUUGGCGCGGGAUGAUGCAGAGUUCGGGGCCCAGAUGGCCGCGGUGCGGGAGAAGAGCGUGCAGUCAGGAGAAGGAAACUUGCGACUCAAGCCGCUGAGAGACGGGUGGCACGAGGACGUCAAAGCCAUGUACGAGAGAGGAACGGGCGAACUAGCUACGCUCUCGGGGCUCACAGCAAGCGAGAAUGACUCGGUUGCUUCAGCCCAGCACGCCGCAAGUUUGACGGGGACAGUGGGAAAGAUUCAGAGAGCGAGGACUGUUGCCAUGGAAUUCGAGUGA